GUAAAUCAAAACCAACGCAUCCUUCUCAUCACUGCGCCAUCGCCUGUUGCGUUAGCUUGCUGUUCAAAGGGGGCGAAUCGCUUGUGCACCAAAAAGGACGACCUAAAUUGCAAUUUGACCGAUUUUACGAAAAAACAAGACAUUUUGCUCGUACAGGUCGUGGUGAGUAUUUUGUCCCCAGACAUUUUUUCAUUUUUCCCUCCUUUUUCUUUUCUUUUUGGAUUUUUUCCACGGUGAUUUUCCAUUUUGCGAGUGGACAGAAUGUGCUGGUUAGCUGGCUUAGCUAACGUGGAAAUGCUUGUCCCCCUCAAAGACAAAAAACGCAGAUUGGUUUUUUUUAGAGCCACAACAUGUUGGAAGCAUCUUAGAUACACUUUGAACUAUUUUUGCAAGUUUGCCUAGCUUUAUAUUUUUCUUUGACGGGACUGAUUUGUUUUUGGCUCGCUUUUCAGACAGUCGGACAGCUAACGUUAGCUUCAGCUAACAGCGUCAGAGGCAGCAACAUUUUAAUCCCUUUCAGAUUAUUGACGGCAUAUUUAUCAGAAUUUUUCAGGUUUUGAUUUUUUUCACAAAAACUGGUCAGAUUGGUGUUUAUUUUUUCGUGCCUUUUUUUUUAGUUGGUGGUUAGCUAACGCUAGCAGCGCUAGCCGGCAUGGAGCGCUACCAAGGCUAGUGCAGGCCUUGUGAUUCACACUUGAGCACAGAAGAGGGCGCUGUUGGUGUCCAGGCGGGUGUGUUGUUGAUUGAUUUGGGUUGUUUUUGUGAAUCGUUGUCUUCGGACAUUUUUUUUUUUCUCACUUUUUCUUCACUUUUUUUUUUACGGAGUUUUCCCCAGUUUUUCCCUCGCAUGUAAAAAUUGCCAGGGGGCGAAGGUGAAGGUCCAGACACCAGCCCAAACUGAGCCCAGCCCACAGUGUCAAACGUCAGGCAGACGAGAUCCCCGCACACAGACGCUAUGGAACGUUCAUCCUCCACUUCCAGCCUCAUGGCCAGCAGCAACGUCACCAACAAGACCGACCCGCGCUCCCUCAACUCCCGGGUCUUCAUCGGCAACCUCAACACCCUGCUGGUCACCAAGGCGGACGUGGAGGCCAUCUUCUCCAAGUAUGGGAAGAUCGUCGGCUGCUCCGUCCACAAGGGCUACGCCUUCGUUCAGUACGCCAACGAGAGGAACGCCCGGGCCGCCGUCACGGGCGAGGACGGGAGGAUGAUCGUCGGACAAGUUCUCGACUGUAACCUCGCCGGAGAACCCAAACCGCACCGGUCAAAAACCUCCAAACGCUCGGCUGGAGACAUGUACAGUAGUUCUUCGUUUGACCUCGACUAUGAUUUUCAAAGAGACUACUACGACAGAAUGUACUCGUACCCGUCUCGCGUCCCCGCGCCGCCGCCGCUGUCGCGGGCCGUGAUCCCGUCCAAACGCCCGCGGGUCAGCCUGAGCGGCGGGAGCAGCCGGCGGACCAAGAGCAGCUUCUCCUCUUCAUCAAAGAGCAGCCAGAGGACUUCGUCGUCCAGAACGAUGAGGGUGGACGAGCUGCAGACCAUCAAGCGUGAACUGUCGCAGAUUAAAAGCAAAGUGGACGACCUGCUGGAGAGCCUGGAGCGAAUGGAGAAGGACCACAGCAAGAAGUCUGCAAAGAGCAUAAAGCCAGAGCCGGGCGAGGUGACCUCACCGCCGCACUCCAGCAGCAAGAAGAACGACGGCAUAAAGAGAGAGAGGGAGAGCCAGGACAUGAACAACUCGGAUGAGGAGGAAGAGGACGACGAUGAUGAGGAGGAAGAGGAGGGAGACCUGCUGGAGGAGGAAGAGGUCAAGAGUCAGGAGAGGGAGGAAGAAGAAGAAGAGGAAGAGGAGGAAGGCGAACACGUGGAAGGAGACGAAGAUGAUGGCGACAGCGUGAAUGGUGACGACGACUCGUAGGCGGAGACUCGGCGCUGCUUCCAGAAGGAGCUCCGACUCCUGUUUUAACACUCAACGUUGUAGAUAGAAACACAAGUGUGCAC